AUGCCGGUUCAACUUCUGCCAGCGUCCGCCGCUGCUUUUGCCCCGAGGGCUUCCUCUGUCAACGUUGUCUUGGGCUCCAGGAUCGAGCCGUGGCUUACACAGACGCUUAAGCGCAUCAAUCGGGUGAAGCGACCCCUCAACAGCGUACCCCAGCACCAGCGAUGCCUCACCGAGACACUGUCAUCACCAAACGCCAUCUGGACCCUCGCCUCAUUAAUGUUUCCCAAGCUGCCCCAAGCCGAGAUGCCCGAGGACCCCAUGGAGAACCUCUUCAGCCACCAGCUCAUCCACAUCGAGGCCUACAUUGUCCACGUCGACAUGGUCCUGCGCAACGAGGUCGCCUACAAGCUCACCGUCGAGACCAUUGACGCCCUUGUCGAGUAUCACAAGGAGAUCCACUGCGUCGACGCAAAGGCCAAUACCUACGACUGGUCCGAGAAGGAGCAGCAGUGCAAGAAGCUGCACGAAGACUUUGUGCAGGCUAUCAACAAGUACGUCUUCCGCACACACGUCUCUGCUCUCGAGGGUCUUGAGGAGGAGGGUGCUGGCGAGCUACUCAACGGAAAGAGCGAAGAGGUCAAGGCGAGCCUCAUGAACUUGAUGAAGCCCCUUCUGCCUCCCCCGCCAAGGGUUGUCGAGGUUAUUCGACAGCCGCCUCUGCUGCCCAGCUCCCCCAUCGCCAACAUGUGGACGCAGGCUCCCCCUCACAUCAUCCCUGCUGCUGUUGAGCCUUGGCAGGUGCUGCCUUCAAGUCCCAGCGUGACUUCGUCCGUCGACUCGAGCAACACUCCUCUCUGGGCCAACAUGGGUAUGAGCGAUGUCCAGCUGCCUUCUCCUACUCCUUCGUUUAGCCUUCCGCAGUCCACUGCCGAGCUCUUCUACAGCCCUCCAAUCAUGGCACCCAUUCCAGCUCUCCCGCUGCCGAGCGUAUAUGCGCCCUCACAGUGUGGGGUAAGUCUGGGCAUGGGCAUCGGUGGCUUUGGCUGGGAUCGCUAUCAGGAGUAUGCCACGAUAAUGUGA